AAGGAAGGAAGGGUGAGGAAGAGUGGGGGAGGAGAGAGAGAUACCAGAGAGAGAGAGAGAUAACAACUGCCACUACCAUGACUAUAUGAAGAGAAGGGGCAGUUCAUCUCCAAAGAAAACAUAUCAAAUUCUCCUUUUUCAAAUCACGGAUAAAACCGACUUGCACUGAAAAAUCAAGCCGCACCGAAGCCAGCGGAUUAUCAGACAUCUUUUUUCAUGUUGCUGAACCGCAAUCUCCAGCACGAGGCUGUCCUACAUUUUUUCCUCAGUCCGUUUUCUCCGUUUAUUCCUCACGUUUGCCACGCAUCGUUGAAAUAACGUUAAAAAACGGAUGUUUUUUUUUCGUAUGAAAAACGUUGAAAAGACGUUUUUUGGUGCUAGCACAUUUCCCCAUAGAGCAGUGGAAUGAGGUGGGGAGGCAGGGCGGGGAGAGACGGAUGCGUGUGAGGAGAGAGAGAGAGAGAGAGAGAGAGAGAGAGAGAGACGCCAGAAGCGCGGACAUUGUGGUGAUUCCUUCUAGAAGAUAUGAAGAUAAAGGAUGCAGAUUCGCCUUUAAUCUAAACCUCUGCUUCCUCUUCUCCACCUCUCAGGACCCCGUCGGACUGAGUGAGCUAAGCUGGGUAACAGCGCCGUUCACUACCGUUAGCCUACAGCAGCCAAAGACGCGAUGCUAAUACAGGCUAGUUCAUAACCGCUGCAUUGUAAACAAAACAAGCCAGCAAAUCCCAGGUGGAAAUAACUUGUUCAGGUUUCAUAUAGUCCAGAGCAGUCUUAAAUGAGGAUGAGGAUGCUCCGUUGGGAUUAUGCAACGCCCGUGUAGGGAAGAGGUCGAAGGACGUGGAGGAAAUGCGCCGUAUCUUGAGUCUUGAAGGCCUGGGAACGAGGUGUGUUGAGAGAGACCCAUGUUGGAGGAGCCUGACUGACAUUACAUGUGCCUCUUCAACGUGAGAGCUGAAGAGUUCCUCGCUGCUCUGCUGUGUCCAGCCUAAUAUGCAACAAACUUUACAGGUUCACUGAUUUCAACACUUCAUUUUUAAUCAGGACAAUCAAAUCUGUAAUCUGUCUUUCAGGACAUCACUUGACAGUUGAAGCAAGAUGGGGAGCGACGGUGAAAUUCUGAACCGAGAGUUAGCAAAGUUAUCUGAUGAGGAUUUGCUGUCUUGCUCUAAAGAAGAGCUCAUAAACAGGCUACGGAAAGAGGAAUCAGACAAGAUGUCAGCGCUCAUACAGCGUGGUCGCCUCAUUAAAGAAGUGAACAAACAGCUUCAGGGACAUCUGCUUGAAAUCAGGGAGCUCAAAGCCAUCAACCAGCGGCUUCAAGAGGAGAACCAAGAGCUGCGGGAUCUGUGCUGCUUUCUGGAUGAUGACCGGCUGAAGGUGAAGAAGCUGGCCAGAGAGUGGCAGCUGUUUGGCCACCAUGCCGCCAAGGUGAUGAGGGAGGACCUGGGCGGCUACCUGAAGAAGCUGGCCGACCUGGAGCGAAUGCAGGACGGCUUAGUGAAGGAGAACUUGGAUCUGAAGGAACUGUGCCUGGUGCUGGAGGAGGAGUGCGUGAGCAGGAGCGAUUCUAGCCCAGGCGGGUCAACGGAGCUCAACCUCCCCUGCAUGGUGGCCCGGGACCUGGGGGAUGGCAGCUCAAGCACGGGGAGCGUGGGUAGUCCGGACCAGCUCCACCUGGUGUGCUCACCAGAUGACUGAACAGCCAUAGCACUUUUUCUGCUUCUCAGAGAACAACUGGAAGGCAACUCAUGUGGGCAAACCCAGAGGAGCAAGGCAGUUUUGCGAUUUUUGUUGUCAUCAAGCCCAUGUCUUGACUACUUUAGCUGGACAGAUGUGAAAGAGUUUUAUUCUGACAUUGACGGUGGCUAUUAGACACCAUUCUUUUCUCUUUUAUUUCCUCUUUCCCUUUAGGGUGUUGUUGAUUUUCUCCCAGUGUAGAUGGACUUUUUAAAUGUGAAUGAAAUUUCUUUACCAUUGUUAACAGACAUGAUAGGAAUAGUUUUAAGUGUUGAAGUUAUUCUUUAUUUGAACUGUUUCACAUUGUAUUUUUAUCCAUUAUUUAAAUGUAAGUAUUAAGAUCACUGGGAUGUUUCCCCUCUCCUCUCUAACGGGGUUGUAUAUAGGUGAUAAGAGUGUUCAGAAGGAGGUGGACUUUUGAAAACAAAAAUGGGAAGAACCAAUCAAACUGCUGACUCACACCAGGUUUUACUGUGCACUGAACUGUAUUUCAAGUGGGCUGAUGUUUUAAUGAUGCACUAGACAGGGCUGUAAUGAAUCUCAAAAAGAUUCAUGUUUUUAAACUGCUUAGAGCCAUAAAAUGAUCUGUUUGAGAUCAUGCACAAACAGCACUGAAUCAUUUCCAAGGGUGACUCAAGAUAAACAACAUAAAGUGCUGGUCAAAACGAGGCCUCCGGUUUAAAGUUUAUUGGAUUGCUCAAUAGGGUCUGGCUUUAGGACCCUUCUCCAUGACGUGGCUGUAUUGUUGGAGGCCUCGCAAUGCCUCACUGAAACUGCACAUUCAGAAACAGUAUACUUUUUUGAACAUUCUGAUGUACUGGUUGGUGUAGUAAGGUUUAUUACACUAAACUGUCUUAUUGAGUACUGCACUGGAUCUCAGCUGAACUUUCCUGCAUUGACCCAGCUUUAUGAUUUAACUGCACACACUUGCUAUGCCAGGCUUUUUUGUGUUUGAUGAUUGCUUUGAUUGGAUUUUACUAGACUACACACUGCGUUUACACACUGGCAACUGGUGGACAAUACAGAGACGUAUGUGAAUUUGUAACAUUGUCACAUAUAUUGUUACUAUGAUUAUUUUUUCCUCAAUUUAUUGUAUUUUUGCCUACCACAAGGCCAUCAUGCAUAUACAUGUUUUGGCUUAGACUUACUUUUUGAUCAGUAUAUUAUAAUCAGUAUUACUUUGAUGACUGGAUUUUUUCUGUUUCUAGCAUCGAACUUUGAUUAGUGGCUUUGUUUCUGGCUGUAAUCUUUGGGCCAUGCUCAUUGUGAGUGGGAGAGCUUUAAAAUACACUUGACUGAGACACCCAA